CAGCUUCCAUGUACUCUGAUAUACAGAGGGACCCUCCUGAUAUAGGAAGUAUUCUGGCUCAUCCUGAUUAUCUGGAGGCAAACACUGAACUCAUCAAACCCAAGAAACUUCAAAAUCGUAAAAGCAUCUAGAAGUCACCAGGAGCUCCACCGGGAACUGCUUAUGAACCAUCGAAGGGGUCUGAGCAUUGACAAGAAGCCAGAGCUCCAGAGAGUGUUGGAGAAUCGACGGAGAGACAAGAUCAUCCAGCAGAAGAAAGAGGAAGAGGAGAUUAAGAAGAUGCAGUCUCCCUUUGAACAAGAGUUGCUAAAAAGACAGCAGAGACUGGAACAGCUGGAAAAGGAACAACAAGAACCGAAGGAAGAAAGUCAUGCCCCAGAAUUUAUAAAAGUGAAAGAGAACUUAAGGAGAACGGCCACACUACCCAGCGAUGACCGAAUGUUGUAA